AUGCCUCAAUUUGAAGUAGAAAAACAGCGACAUAUUGGCAGAAGCCGAUUAUUUCUGGUGUAUCUUGAUCACGAAAGCAGCAAUCUAUUCCACUCGCUAAUUCACAAGAUGAAAAAUUUACCUCACUGGAGAGCAAAUACAAGAUUAUUGUUGAUUUUCACUAAAAUAAUGCGAGGGGACGAUACCAGGUGGUUGCGUAACAUUUUUCAUUUACUAUGGCAACAUCACAUAAUACGUGUUGUGGCGAUCUAUUGGAAUAGAAAUAUUAGGAAUUUGGAAGUAGUUACUUACGAUCCGUUUAUAAGAAAUUUUUACAUGAAUAUGACAGGAUUUCCAAUGGAAUUUGACGUUUAUUUUGAUAAAACAGCAAAUGUUAACAAAUUUCCUAUAAACGCCAUGAUAAAAAAGGGUGAAGAAAUGAUGUUCAAUCUACCCAUUGAAACAAAAGAUGCCAAAUUCAAAGAUGUUAACACAAUGGUAAUGAUUGCGGUUAUGCAAGCCAUGAACGCACGCGUUAUUAAAAUUUAUAAGUCCACGUUAGAACCGAAUACGAAAGACACGUCGCGAAAUUUAUCGAAAACUGUUCCACAUUUUACGGCUGAUGUUAUUUUCAUUGCAACUGGUAUGAUAAAAGAACGUAAUAUACAGCUAUUGUAUCCUCAUGGUCAAGAUGAUAUUUGUGUAAUAGUACCUAAAGGACAUCCAAUACCUCAAAUAUAUUACAUGUUCAUGACAUUUCGACUUAGAGUAUGGAUUAUUUUAUUUGCUGUUAUGGCUGUGGGUGUUCUUGGAUAUUUUUGUAUAAACUAUUAUGCCAAGAAUAGUUCGAACAAUGCGUUAAGUAUUUUGCGUACGAUGUUGUUAUCGCCAUUGCCUCAUCUGCCGCCCACCGAUCCUGAGAGGUUGACAGUUUUCUCUUGGCUGGUUUUUGGUUUUCUCAUGGCUAACAUAUUUAUAUCUUCUCUAACUAGUACUUUAAUCGAGCGCAAGUAUUAUCCAGAUGUUACUACUUUAGCUGAUCUUGAAAAAACUGGUUGGAAAAUAUUUGGCAUGGAAGAUACCGUGAAUCUUAUAAAAACUCACUUGAAUGAAACAUUUGACAAAGAGUUUCUCGAUCGAUUUGACGCCACAAAUUUAAAGCAAGCUAUGAGUACAUUUGGUGGUUCUAAGCGAUUGACUAAUAGCAAUAUUUAUAGCAUGUUAGUUAAAGUUGGGAAACCCAUAUUAUUAGAACGAGUUCGAGCUCAUCACUUAUUAAUGAGCAGCGAAAAUAUUGUGGAUGGGCGUAAAUUUUUCACUCUUAUGCCUGACUGCCCUUUGCCGAGUCAAGUUUCCUACGGUGUGAUGAAGGGUAGAGGUGCAGUUUAUAAGGAAAGAAUUGACAUUUUGCUUAAGAGAUUAACUGCAUCUGGUCUGUAUUCAUACUGGCAAUCGAUGUACGAAAUGAGGAAUCUAUACCGAUCGGUUCACGACGGACAAGGACAUGGAGAUGAUUCAAAUGACAUUCACUUGGGAGUUUACCACUUACAAACAUGUUUCUAUUUGUACACGAUGGUCUCAUUUGAACAUGUAAACCGCCCUGCGUAUUAUUGUCAUAGCUACUUUCCCACAGGCCGACGCAGUAAACAGAAUUGUGCAGGUGCGUCAUUUUUGACUGGUGAUAUAAAAUUCUAUCAUAAAACUUCGGCUUGA